AUGGCGGCCCCCGUAAGCGGUGUGGGCAAACCCUCAGCUGAACGUUUACCGUUCAAUACUACGAGUUUUCAGAAGAAAACAAGGAGCAAGUUAAUAUCCAUACCUGGUACCAGACCCUCGGUUCAAAAUGGACAACUCCUAGUGUCGACUGGUGUCACGUCACUCGACUAUCUGCUCGGUGGCGGGUUAGCAGUUGGAACAGUACUUCUUAUAGAGGAGGACCGAUAUGAUAGCUACUCUCGUAUGAUCUUAAAAUACUUCCUGGCAGAAGGAGUGGUGUGUCGACAUGAUCUUUUCGUGGCAGCGGCUCAAGAUAACCCAGAUGACAUCUUACAGGAACUUCCGGCUCCCAUCUUGGAUGAUGUUGCAAUCCACAAACCAGUGGAGCAGCCCAGGUUGUCUUGUGAACCUCAGGACAGUUUGGAUGCCAUGAAGAUUGCCUGGCGCUAUCAGAAUCUUCCAAAAGUACAGAGUGCACUGGCCUCUUCAUCCCGGUUCGGGCACUACUAUGACGUCUCCAAGACCAUGGAGCCAGAGAUUCGCCAGGCAGCCAAGUGCCACCGCUUCUACCUUCCAGAACAUCUCACCCAGUCAUCACCCACACACAGUACCAUGCUUGAGUCCUACUCUGCGUUGCUGAAGUCACUUCAAGAGGUCAUACACAGGGAGGGCUUCGAUGUAGCAGCCCCCAUGUCAAAGUCGCGUAACAUCCUGCGCAUUGGCCUUCACUCUCUUGGCUCGGCCCUGUGGGGUGAUGACCUGUGUUGCCAUGACAACCCUAGAAAUAGCCACGCCCUCACCACCUUUCUCUACGGACUGCGUGCUUUGCUGAGGUCAUCGCUGUCAGUUGCAGUACUUACUGUGCCUUCUCAUCUCAUACAGGACAGAGCUCUAAUGGGCAGCAUAACCAGGCUAUGUGACAAUGCCAUAGCCCUGGAAUCAUUCAAAGGCUCUGAGAGAGAGACCAACCCACUCUACAAAGAUUACCAUGGACUGUUACAUGUACGCCAAGUACCUCACCUGAACUGUCUGGCGAGUAAACUCCCUGACCACAAGGACCUGGCCUUUAAGCUCAAGAGGAAACAGUUCACUAUUGAGAGACUGCAUUUGCCUCCAGACUUGUCUGAGACGGUGAGUCGUGUGAGCAGGGGGGAGCUGGCAGGAGCGGCCACGGUGGCUUCAGGCUGCGGCUCUGGCACUUCCGGCAACAAACACCUGGACUUCUAGCGCUCCCACACAGUCGCCACGGGCAACCAACACCUGGAACGCUGCGGCGUUGUCCUCUUUACCGUGGUGACCAGGUUGUUCCCUCACCCACGUAAUGUCAACCUCGAUAACCCUGCCAGCCAUUACCACCUGCCAACUGUCCCAGCCAGGGGUGAAGAUCUAAACAUCCACAGUACCUCCUCAAAUAAUGGACACAUUUCAUCCAAUAUGUCAAGUCCUUUUUUAUAUAAAGCUACAGUACACUCUUUGUUUAUCACUAAUAACUGAUAUUUUCCCAUUCUAAACUGUCAUGACAAGUUAAUUUAACUUAUAUAUUGGCCAAGGUUUAUACUCACAGCUUUAUUUCCACUGUAAAUAAUUGACCCAAUUAUAACCCAAGAUGAAUAUUUAGGCUAUUUAAAGGGAUAGUUCGUAUUUAUUGAGUUGGGGUUUUAUGAGGUACAUAGUUUGUGUAUUACCUACAGUAGAUGGUGGGAAGCACGCCCCCAGUUUGGAAUAACAAGCAGAAGUACCGGCACAGAAGUUAAGUACCGCUAAAGACGGGGACAGCAGCAAAACGUAUUAAGGCCGCCUAAAAAAAUCAAUAUUGGUUCAAAUGUAUGCUCACCACUUUACCUUACCAUCAAACAGCCCUGUUUCGCUUGGUUUGUUUAACUUAAUGUGUGAUGUAAAUGUUUAAAAAUCAGAUUCACCAAGGUCACAAAAUAAUACAAACAAACUAAACAAUCAAGGAGGCGAUAGACCAGCAACUCCUGUGAUCUGUGAGGUUAAAUAACUGUUUUUUUCAAUGGAGUCUGGGGGCCUCAACGAGAAAAGCUUCAAUUCCCCAUGGCGUCAACUUGAACAGUGCUGUCUGAUGGCAAUGUAGAAUGGUUAAAAUAUUCUAAGUAUAGCAUACACUGCAAACAACAUUUUGUUUUGUUUUUUUAGCUGAGCCUUGUGGCUAAAAUAUGUUUUGCUGCUGCCCCCAUCCAUGCAGUACAUUGCUUUGCUUCCAUGUUUGUACUCCUACCUUUAGGGACUGGGCCGACCACCAUCCACUGCAGGUUAUACACUGACUAUGGAUAAGUACCUCAUACAACCCCACUUUAAUAAAUCCAGACUAUCCCUUUAAGAUUUCGUACAUUUUGUUUGUUUGUUUUUUUGCUGUUUUCUGUCUCUGGGGAUUUCACUUACAAGUAAAGUGUAAUCAUGAAACAUUUAAACAUUUAAUUAAAUAAUUUAACUGCAUUCUCCCAACCUCCUUGUGUACUGCACAAACAUGGCCACUCCUGACUAGCACCGCCAUGUACUACAGUGGUUUAUUUUCUUGGAUAAUGCAAUGAAAUGUGCUUUUGUUUAGUUAAAUAAAAGAAAAUAAAUACACAGUACACAA